AUGGCGGCAUCCUGGUUUGCCCUGCGUGGCGGCCGCCAGCUCGCUCUGCGUUCGCGUGUGCGAGCUGGUCCCUCCCCGGUGGCCCUCCGCUCCGUGACUCUCUCGCCCUUCAAUGGCAGUCGUGGCGUGCACACCAAGCAAGAAGCUCCCGCUGCUCGCCGCGGAGUAUACACUAGCUCCGUCUAUGCUCAUGGCGACCCUCACCCGCCUGAUGUCUUCCAACCCCUCGAUACUUUCCCCCGCAGACACAUUGGCCCUUCACCUGAAGCUGCCCAAGAGAUGCUGGCCGUCCUGGAUCCUCCUGCCGCGUCUCUCGACGAAUUCGUCAAGCAGGUCCUUCCCGCGGACAUUCUGUCCAAGAAGAACCUAACGGUCUCCGAGCCCCACGCUGACAUCAACCUCUACCGCUCAGCUGUGCAAGGUGGACUCGGUGAGACUGAUAUGCUCAAGCUCCUUGACACCUACCGCAAGAAUAUCGAUGUCUCUGGCAAGACCUACAUUGGAACCGGCUACUACCCUACCAUUGUUCCCCCGGUUAUCCUCCGCAAUGUCCUGGAGAACCCCGCUUGGUACACCAGCUACACCCCCUACCAGCCUGAGAUCAGCCAGGGUCGUCUCGAGUCCCUCCUUAACUUCCAGACCUUGUCCGCCGACCUGACUGGUCUACCUUUCGCCAAUGCCUCCGUUCUCGACGAGGCCACUGCCGCCGCCGAGGCCAUGACCAUGUCCUUCGCCACAAUGCCCACCUCCAAGCAAAAGAAGGCCGAGAAGUCCUUCGUUGUCUCCCACCUCUGCCACCCCCAGACUAUCGCCGUUAUGCAGUCCCGCGCCGAGGGAUUCGGAAUCAACCUCGUCAUUGGUGAUGUGAUGGCUGAUAACUUCAAGCUGGUCAAGGACCAGGGUGACCACCUGAUCGGUGUUCUGGCUCAGUACCCCGAUACUGAGGGUGGUGUCUACGACUUCCAGUCCCUGAGUGACUCCAUCCACGGCCAAGGUGGUACCUUCAGUGUUGCCACGGAUCUGCUGGCCCUGACCGUUCUCAAGGCCCCCGGCGAAUUUGGCGCUGAUAUCGCAUUCGGUAACGCCCAGCGAUUGGGUGUCCCCAUGGGCUUCGGUGGUCCCCACGCCGCUUUCUUCGCCUGUGCCGAUAAAUACAAGCGUAAGGUUCCUGGACGUGUCGUUGGUGUUUCCAAGGACCGCACUGGCAAUCGCGCCCUUCGUCUGGCUCUCCAGACCCGUGAACAGCACAUUCGUCGCGAGAAGGCCACUAGCAACAUUUGCACUGCCCAGGCCCUCCUUGCCAACAUGACUGCCAUGUACGCUGUCUAUCACGGCCCUGUCGGUCUCAAGUCCAUUGCUCAACGCAUUGUCUCUAUGACUGCUCUCCUUCGCGAGAAGCUGGUCGGUCUCGGCUACAAUGUUCCCGUCCGCUCUAACAUCGAGGGCGAGGCUGUCUUCGACACCCUUGCCAUUGAGCUCGAGAAUGCCUUCGAGGCUGAGGAUGUUAUUGCUGCCGCUCGUGAGAAGAACGUUUUCUUGCGCCGCUUCGGUGAGAACAAGGUCGGUAUCUCUCUUGACGAGACCGUCGGCCGUGAUGAAGUCAAGGGUAUCUUGGAUAUCUUUGCUGCUCACAAGAAGGUUUCUCCCGUGGAGGUCGAUGGCACUCUCUCAGUCACCCCCAUCCCCGCCAGCCUGGAGCGUACCUCCUCCUUCAUGACUCACCCUGUCUUCAACACCCACCACUCUGAGACUGAGAUGCUCCGCUAUAUCAAGCACCUCGAGUCCAAGGAUCUUUCCCUGGCCCACUCCAUGAUUCCCCUUGGAUCUUGCACCAUGAAGCUCAACGCUACCACGGAAAUGAUUCCUGUCUCCUGGCCCGAGUUCUCCCAGAUGCACCCCUUCAUGCCCGCUGAUAAGGCCAAGGGCUACAUCCAGAUGAUCGAUGAUCUGGAGCAGCAACUUGCCGACAUCACCGGCAUGGCUGAAGUCACUGUGCAGCCCAACUCCGGUGCUCAGGGUGAGUUUGCGGGUCUGCGUGUCAUCAAGAAGUUCCAGGAGGCCAGCGGCGAGGCCAAGCGCAAUAUCUGCCUGAUCCCCGUCUCUGCUCACGGUACUAACCCUGCCUCUGCUGCUAUGGCUGGUAUGCGUGUUGUCACCAUCAAGUGCGACACCAAGACCGGUAACCUGGAUCUGACUGAUCUCAAGGCCAAGUGUGAGAAGCACGCGGACGAGCUCGCCGCUUUCAUGAUCACCUACCCCAGCACCUUCGGCGUUUACGAGCCUGGUGCCAAGGAGGCCAUUCGACUGGUCCACGAGCACGGUGGCCAGGUCUACAUGGACGGUGCCAACAUGAACGCUCAGAUCGGCCUCUGCUCCCCUGGCGAGAUUGGCGCUGAUGUGUGCCACUUGAACCUGCACAAGACCUUCUGCAUUCCCCACGGUGGUGGUGGUCCUGGUGUCGGUCCCAUUGGUGUCGCGGAGCAUCUCCGCCCCUUCCUCCCCGGCCACCCGGCCAACGAGUACCUCCAGUCCAAGCGUGGUGAUACCGCUUCUCCCCCUAUCUCCGCCGCUCCCUGGGGCAGCGCCAGCAUUCUCCCCAUCACCUUCAACUACAUUAACAUGAUGGGAGACCGCGGCCUGACUCACGCCACCAAGAUCACCCUGCUCAACGCCAACUACAUCCUCGCCCGCCUCAAGCCCCACUACCCGAUCUUGUACACCAACGAGAACGGUCGCUGCGCUCACGAGUUCAUCCUCGACCUGCGCGGCUUCAAGGAGACCGCCGGCGUCGAGGCCAUCGAUGUCGCCAAGCGUCUGCAAGAUUACGGCUUCCACGCCCCCACCAUGUCAUGGCCCGUCUCGAACACUCUGAUGAUCGAGCCCACCGAGUCAGAGAACAAGGCUGAGCUGGACCGCUUCUGCGACGCCCUGAUCUCCAUCCGCCAGGAGAUCGCCGAUGUCGAGGCCGGCAAGCAGCCGCGCGAGGGCAACGUUCUCAAGAACUCCCCUCACACCCAGCGCGAUCUGCUCUCCACCGAGUGGACCCGCUCUUACUCCCGUGAGACGGCCGCUUAUCCCCAGCCCUACUUGCUGGAGAAGAAGUUCUGGCCCAGCGUCACCCGUGUUGAUGAUGCAUUCGGUGACCAGAACCUCUUCUGCACCUGCGGCCCGGUCGAGGAUACUGAAUAG